AUCUUUGUUAAAGAUGAGCCACAAUCUUUUUCUCAGGCCAUGCAAGGUCCCAAAUGGAGACAAGCAAUGCAAGAUGAAAUCGUUGCUCUUGAGAAAAAUAACACUUGGACUCUGGAAAUGCUACCUCCUGAUAAGAAACCUAUAGGCUGCAAUUGGGUAUACAAAAUAAAAUACAAUGCUGAUGGUACAAUUGAGAGAUACAAGGCUCGCCUAGUCGCAAAAGAAUUCACCCAAGUUGAAAGGAUUGACUAUCAUGAGACAUUUGCUCUAGUCGCCAAAUUAGUUACUGUUCGCUGUUCGCUUACUGUGGCUUCUAUCCACAACUAGGAACUACAUCAAUUAGAUGUACAUAAUGUCUUUCUACAUGGUGACCAUGAUGAAGAAGUUUAUAUGAAAUUGCCUCCUAGUUAUGGCCAUCAAUUAUAUGAAAUUUUUCUUAUUAUAAAAGAGUAAUGAUAGG